AUGUCAUCGCGGAACCAUUCGAGACGUUCGCAUGGGGGCAACAGCUCAAGUUCAAGGGGUUCUUCUCAUCGGGCAACGCAAAGCGUAGCCCAGCUCAUCGAAUCCUUAAACACCCACCGGAUCAACACACUCACUGAGCUCCGUCGCAUCGAGCGCGUAGCAGCCGGAUCCUCCGACGAAGAUCAACUAGCCUUUCAAGGUCCUAUGACUAACGCCUGGAACUAUUAUGUUACAUCUCACAAUCUACUGAACGAACUUCGCGGCCUGACUCGAAACUAUCCCUUUAGUAGCGCCGCACUGGAUGACGCAAAAUGGCGAGUAAGCAACGAUCCGCAAAGCAACCGCAGUUGGAAUUAUGCGUGGCUAGUCCUUAUCAAAAUGAAGGAUGACCAAAUGAUCGAAAGUUACUCCACAAGAGAGGCAGCCGCACCAGACAUGUGGGGUGGCCGAGUCCCAGAUACAGAUGAAGCUCAGCAGCUCGCUGCUUGCUUUUCUUGGGAAUGGAACGAGGCUCUUUCGCAAUUGCUACGGCAUUGGGAGGCUCCGCCUACUACUACUGGAUACUAA